AUGACACUCUACGAAUGUCCAAGGAAAAUUUUGACCACGCUAAAAGCAUGCGUUCAAGCACUUGGUAUGGAGAGCGGUGACAUCGUGGAUGCUCAGAUCACUGCGUCUUCAGAAUGGGAUGGAAAUCAUGCCGCCAGGCAGGGAAGGUUGAAGUUUCAAGCGGUUCCAGGUAAAGCAGGAAGCUGGUCAGCACGCAGAAACGAUGUCAGCCAAUGGAUACAAAUAAAACUUUCCGGUUACACAAAGAUAACUCAGUUUGCCACACAAGGAAGAAAUGCGUACAACCAGUGGGUAACGAAGUACAAGUUACAGUACAGCGAGGACGGUGUGACUUUUCGCUAUUACCAUGAGCCAGGCCAAAGUUCACCCAAGGAAUUUGAUGGUAAUAAGGACAGUGACACUAUUGUAGUCCAUGAAUUGAUUCCUCCCGUCCAAGCACAGUACAUAAGACUUACUCCUUCAGAUUGGCACAAUCAUAUAUCAAUGAGAAUGGAAGUCUACGGUUGCGCAGCUUGCUCUGCACCCCUUGGAAUGGAGACCGGACUCAUAAAAGAUGCCCAAAUCACAGCCUCUUCAGAAUGGGAUCCGAACCAUGCUGCACUCCAGGGACGAUUGAACUUCUUAGCGGUCCCAGGGAAGGCAGGAAGCUGGUCAGCUAAAUAUAAUAACCAGGGUCAAUGGAUCCAAGUCGAUCUACUUGCUUACACUAAAGUCACGCGCACAGCAACUCAGGGAAGAAAUGCUUUUGCUCAGUGGGUAACAAAGUACGGCCUGCAGUACAGGGAAGAUGGACUGCACUUUAUUCAUUACCGUGAACCAGGGCAGAGUUCGCCUAAGGAAUUUAUUGGAAAUCAGGAUAGUGACACCAUUGUUUCUCACCAAUUAGCCCCAGCAAUCAACGCGCGCUACAUAAGGCUUAAUCCAAUCACUUGGCACAACCACGUAUCAAUGAGAAUCGAACUUUAUGGAUGCCCAGCAUGUGCAGAAGCUGUUGGCAUGGAGAGCGGCCUCAUCAGAGAUGCUCAGAUCACCGCCUCUACAGAAUGGGAUGCAAACCAUGCUGCAAUUCAAGGAAGGCUGAACUUCCUGGCAAUUCCAGGCAAAGCAGGAAGCUGGUCAGCUCGUCAUAAUAAUCUCAAUCAGUGGAUCCAGGUCGAUCUCCUUGCUUACUCCAGAGUUACUCAGAUAGUCACACAGGGAAGAAACAAAUUUGCACAGUGGGUAACCAAAUACACUUUGCAGUACAGUGAAGAUGGAGUUACCUUUGAAUAUUAUCAUCUACCAGGCCAGCUUUCAGCAAAGGAAUUUGUUGCAAAUCAAGACAGUGACACAACUGUAGCCCAUCAGCUUACACCUUCAAUAAAGGCUCGUUACAUGAGACUUCAUCCAACCGGUUGGCACAAUCACAUAUCUAUGAGGAUGGAACUCUACGGAUGUGAAACCUGUGGAGAUCCUGUUGGUAUGGAGAGCGGCCUCAUCAAAGAUGCCCAGAUCACCGCCUCUACUGAAUGGGAUGCAAAUCAUGCUGCAAUUCAAGGAAGGCUGAACUUCCUGGCGGUUCCAGGCAAAGCAGGAAGUUGGUCGGCUCGUCAUAAUAAUCUCAAUCAGUGGAUCCAGGUCGAUCUUCUUGCUUACACCAAAGUUACACAGAUAGUCACACAGGGAAGAAACGCAUUUGCACAGUGGGUAACCAAAUACACUUUGCAGUACAGUGAAGAUGGAGUUACCUUUGAAUAUUAUCAGUUACCAGGCCACUCUUCUGCAAAGGAAUUUACCGCAAACUCUGAUAGCGACACAAAAGUCUACCACAAGCUCGCCCCAUCGAUUAAAGCCCGGUAUGUCAGGUUGCGACCAACUGCAUGGCACAACCAUAUAUCGAUGAGAAUGGAGCUCUACGGAUGUCCAGCUUGCUCGGAUCCCCUUGGUAUGGAAAGUGGUCUUAUCAAAGAUGCUCAGAUCAAAGCCUCUACAGAAUGGGAUGCAAACCAUGCUGCAAUUCAAGGAAGGCUUAACUUCCUGGCGGUUCCAGGCAAGGCAGGAAGCUGGUCAGCUCGUCACAAUGAUGUCAAUCAAUGGAUCCAGGUCGAUCUUCUUGCUUACACCAAAGUAACUCAGAUAGUCACACAGGGAAGAAAUGCAUUUGCACAGUGGGUAACUACUUACUUGCUGCAAUACAGUGGUGAUGGCGUCACAUUUCAUCCUUAUCAUCUACCAGGAGAGAGCUCAGCUAAGAUCUUUUCCGCAAAUCAAGACAGCGACAGUAAAGUCUUGCACGAGUUAACCCCGCCAAUCAAUACACGCUAUGUGCGACUCUCCCCAGUCACCUGGCACAACCAUAUAUCUUUGAGAAUGGAACUUUAUGGCUGCCCAGCAUGCGCAGAUGCUCUUGGGAUGGAGAGCCGCCUCAUCAAAGAUGCUCAAAUCAUAGCUUCUUCAGAAUGGGACCCAAACCAUGCUGCAAUCCAGGGAAGGUUGAACUUUUUGGCGGUUCCGGGCAAGGCAGGAAGCUGGUCUGCUAAAUACAAUAAUGUUAAUCAGUGGAUUCAGGUGGACCUAGCUGGUUACAAAAAAGUUACAGGGGUAGUGACUCAAGGAAGGAAUGCGUUUCACCAGUGGGUUACCAAAUACCGUUUGCAGUUUAGCGUGGAUGGGGUUACAUUUCGUUUUUACAACGCACCAGGCCAGAACGUACCCGAGGAGUUCGAUGCAAAUCAAGACAAAGACACCCCUGUCUAUCACGAGCUCAACCCACCAGUAUUAACACGCUACGUAAGACUUCUUCCAACUGCUUGGCACAAUCACAUCUCCAUGAGAAUGGAGCUAUAUGGCUGUAAAGCAUGCUCAGCACCCCUGGGUAUGGAUAAUCAAAUGAAGCUUAUAAAAGAUGCUCAGAUCUCAGCCUCUUCAGAAUGGGAUGGAAACCAUGCUGCAAAACAGGGAAGGUUGAACUUUUUGGCGGUUCCAGGAAAAGCAGGAAGUUGGUCUGCUAAAUACAAUAAUGUUAAUCAGUGGAUCCAAAUUGAUCUUCUCGCUAAAACGACAAUAACACAGAUGGCCACUCAAGGAAGGAAUGCGUACGUCCAAUGGGUGAAAAAAUACAAAGUGCAGUACAGUGAUGAUGGAGUGAAUUUUAGCUUUUAUCAAAUACCAGGCCAAAGCUCUCCAAAGGAGUUCAUCGCAAACCAAGACAGUAACACUGUUGUAUUCCAUGAGCUCUACCCAUCAAUUGAGGCACGUUACGUAAGAGUUCUCCCCACUGAAUGGCACAAUCACAUCUCGAUGAGGAUGGAACUCUAUGGAUGUGAAGAUUAAGCUUUCAUUUGGAUGCUCACAAAGACAACCUGCUCUGACAGCCGGCAGCGAUGUACUAUUCACCAUAUUUUAAUGCAGUGCUUUCUGCGCGAGUUUCAAGCUGGGUUAUGGCCAAGUUGACCACAAUCUCUACACUCUUCUCUGUAAAAUUCUCUUGGUACUUACAAAGAGAAUUUAUUUUACAAUUAAAAUAUUCUUAAGUUA